AUGGUGGUAGCCCUUGCUAGCGGCAACGUGAACGCUUUAUGUUCUAGGAUGAUGUAUAUGAAGAAGUGUGAAGGAGUCUGUCGCUCCUACGUUUACCCAAGUGUCCAAACACAUAAUGGAUUCGGGCGAGUCUGUAGAUGCUGUAAAGAGAAUGCUACAAUAACCAGAGAUGUCCUCAUGACGUGUGUCAGCGGUGGGCAGGAGAUUCCUAAUUUUCAACAGGCUGUAACAAUAAGGGAAAUAACCGGAUGUAAUUGUGUAAACUGCAAUGAUUAG